CCUUCCUUCCUUCCCCUAUUUCACCGCUUUGAUUGUUACUUUCAUUCUCGUUGUUAGACUCGCCCUAACUUUCAUCAACAGAACUGAACAGAACAGAGAGAGAGAGAGGAAUGGCUCAGGCAACACUCCCAGCCGCCGUCGACCUAAAGUCCCAGAGCUUCGAGCUGUCGAGCGGCCACGCCAUCCUCGCCGUCGGGCUGGGCACUUGGAGAUCGGGCUCCGGCACCUCCCCCGCCGUCCGCGCCGCCAUCGUCGAGGCCGGUUACAGGCACGUAGACACCGCCUGGCAGUACAAAGUUCAAGAAGAGGUUGGGCAUGGGCUCCAUGCAAUGCAAGCAGGAGUUGAUAGGAAGGAUCUCUUCAUCACAUCAAAACUUUGGCAAAGAGUAAAAAUGAUUUUCAUUAAAUGUCCUAUGCUUAUCUACUGCAGUUGUGUUAAAUGCAUUUUGAUAUGCAGGUGCACCGAGUUGUCGCCGGACAGAGUUCGACCCUCAUUGAACAACACCCUCCAAGAAUUGCAGCUCGACUACCUCGACCUUUAUCUGAUCCAUUGGCCAUUUCGCCUCAAGGACGGAUCCAGCCGGCCUCCGGAGGCCAGCGAGGUUUUAGAUUUCGACAUGGAAGGUGUUUGGAGGAAAAUGGAAAAUCUUGUCAAGGACAAUCUGGUUAGGGACAUUGGAGUCUGUAAUUUCACCCUCAAGAAGCUCAAUAAGGGUUUGCUGGAAUUUACUGAGACAAUGCCCUCUGUUUGUCAGAUGGAGAUGCAUCCGGGAUGGCGAAAUGAUAAGAUGCUGGAGUUUUGCAAGAAAAACAGCAUCCAUGUUACUGCAUACUCUCCGUUGGGCUCAUCCGAAGGAGGCCGAGAUCUGAUCCACGACAAGACGGUGGAGAAAAUAGCGAGGAAGCUGAACAAGAGCCCCGGGCAGGUGCUGGUGAAAUGGGCCCUCCAGAGGGGCACGAGCGUCAUCCCGAAGUCGACACACCCCGGCCGAAUCAAAGAGAACGCGCACGUCUUCGGGUGGGAAAUCCCGGAGCAAGAUUUCCGAACGCUCUGCAGAAUCCCCGAUCAGAGAAGAGUGCUUGAUGGAGAAGAAUUGUUUGUGAACAAGGAAGCAGGGCCAUUCAGAAGCGUGGCUGAUCUCUGGGAUCAUGAGGACUGAUUCAUCAGAAAUGUGUGAUUGCUGGCUUUGUUGGUCAUCCUUCUUGUGUAUUUAAGUCAGUCUCAGUGAUUUUUGCUUUUGUUG